AUGCGGUCGCUUUUCUCCCUAGCAGCCGUGGCUAUUCCAGCCUUGGCUGCCCCUCUCGAGUCUUCAGCGAACCCUGCCACCAUCCUCACCAAGCGUGCCGAGCCGGUCAACUACAACCAGAACUACAUUGCCUCAGGCGCCGGUGUCACUUACACCCCGAACCAGAGCGCAGGCUCGUUCAGUGUGAAGUACAACACCAAUGCUGAUUUCGUCGUCGGCCUCGGCGGCUCCUUCUCCGCCAGCGGUGUUGGUCUUCUCUCUGUGUACGGGUGGUACACCAACCCUCUGGUCGAGUACUACAUCAUGGAGACUGCCAUUGGCUACCAAAAGGUCGGCACCCACAAGGGCACGGUGACCAGCGACGGCGGGGUCUACGACGUCUACGUCCACCAACAGGUCAACCAGCCCUCCAUCUCUGGCACCACCACCUUCAACCAGUACAUUUCCAUCCGCCAGACGCCCCGCACCUCGGGGACCGUCACCGUCGCCAACCACUUCAACGCCUGGAAGUCAUUUGGCAUGCAGCUGGGCACGUACAACUACCAGACCAUCUCUGUCGAGUCCUGGACUGGCUCCGGCCAGGGCUCCAUUACCCUGAGCAAGGCUCCCGGCGGUGGCUCUACCGGCGGCUCUACCGGCACGACCACCUCAGCAGGCAGCACGGGGACACCGCCUCCAGGCACUGGAUCCGGCUCCGGCUCCGGUACCGUUGCCCAGUGGGGCCAGUGUGGUGGGAUCGGCUGGACUGGAGCAACCACCUGCGCCUCUGGCUUUACCUGCAAGGUACAGAACUCGUACUACUCACAGUGCCAGUAG